CAUCUAUUUUGGAGUUUAAAGUAUGUCAUCAUGGCAAAGUUUCGGAGAAGGACUUGCAUCAUUUUGUCUCUUUUCAUUCUAUUUAUUUUCUCACUGAUGAUUGGUUUAAAAACUUUGAGACCAAAUACAGCUACAUUUGGAGAUCCAUUUGGACUUGACAUUCUUCCAGACUUUCGACAACAAACUAUUCACUUGGAGAAAAAAUCUGAUUCCAAAAAGAGUGACAAUAUCAACCAUGAAACAAAUUCCAAGAAUUUAAAAAGUGUAGAGAUUACUAUGAAACCUUCCAAAUCCUCUGAACUUAACCUAGAAGAACUGCCACCUCUAAAUUAUUAUUUACAUGUAUUUUAUUACAGUUGGUAUGGAAAUCCACAAUUUGAUGGUAAAUAUAUACAUUGGAACCAUCCAUUGUUGGAGCAUUGGGACCCACGGAUAGCCAAAAACUAUCCACAAGGGAGACAUAAUCCACCAGAUGAUAUUGGUUCCAGCUUUUACCCUGAAUUGGGAAGUUAUAGCUCUCGAGAUCCUUCUGUCAUAGAAACCCACAUGAGACAAAUGUGCUCAGCUUCCAUUGGUGUACUAGCCGUGUCUUGGUACCCACCUGAUUCAAAUGAUGAGAAUGGAGAACCCACUGAUGACUUGGUACCGACUAUUUUGGAUAAAGCUCAUAAAUAUAAUCUGAAGGUUACAUUUCACAUAGAGCCAUAUGUCAAUCGAGAUGAUCAAAAUAUGUAUAAAAAUGUCAAGUAUAUCAUAGACAGAUAUGGAAAUCAUCCAGCUUUCUACAGGUACAAGACUAGGACCGGCAAAGCGCUUCCUAUGUUUUAUGUCUAUGAUUCCUAUAUCAUAAAGCCUGAAAAAUGGGCCAAUCUGUUAACCACCUCAGGCUCUCAGAGUAUUCGCAAUUCUCCUUAUGAUGGAUUGUUUAUUGCACUUUUAGUAGAAGAGAAACAUAAAUUUGAAAUUCUUCACAGUGGUUUUGAUGGGAUUUACACAUAUUUUGCCACAAAUGGCUUUACUUAUGGCUCAUCACAUCAGAACUGGGCUAGCCUGAAAGCCUUUUGUGAUAACUACAACUUGAUAUUUAUCCCAAGUGUGGGUCCAGGAUACAUCGACACCAGCAUUCGUCCAUGGAACUCUCAUAAUACUCGGAAUAGAGUCAAUGGGAAGUAUUAUGAAACUGCUCUGAGUGUUGCCCUGAAGACCCGCCCCAGUUUAAUUUCUGUUACUUCUUUCAAUGAGUGGCAUGAAGGAACUCAGAUUGAAAAAGCUGUACCCAAAAGAACUAGUAAUACUGUAUACCUGGAUUACCGGCCUUACAAGCCAGGUCUUUAUCUAGAGUUAACUCGCAAGUGGUCUGAAAAGUACAGUAAGGAAAGAACAACUUAUGCAUUAGAAUAUCAGUCUCCUGUUUCUUAAUUUGUUUAUUAAAGUGUAAUAAUUAUUAAAACCUAAUUUCAAUAAAUGCCUUUGUUUUCAGCUUUGGGAAGAAAACUGUUAGAAUCAGCAUGUGCUGCUUAUAUUCUUUAAUAAAAAUAAUUUGUACUUUUUUAAAGAAGUGGUAGUAUUGUCAUUGCCACCUUUCAUAAUGCUGUACUGAGAAGAUAUGAGACACUUAUGCAAACAACAUUCUCUGUGGCAUGAUUUGCUACAUUUCUGACUG